AUGGCCACCGAUGCGCAGCCGAUCGCGCGGGCGGGGGGAUUCUACGAGGAACUGCCGGCCGGCUGCGGGGCGUACAAGUUCUACCUGGACGGCGCGUGGAGGGAAUCGUCCUCCGGGAAGCAGGUCUCGAUCAGCAACCCCACCACCCAGGGGGUCGCUUUCCGCGUGCAAGCGUGCACGCCAGCGGAAGUGGACUUGAUGUUCGAGGCGGCCAAAGCGGCGCAGAAGCCCUGGGCGCGGACGCCGCUCUGGAAGCGUGCCCAGGCGCUGCACGCGGCGGCCCGGCUCAUGCGAGAGCACCCGCAGCCGAUCGCCGACGCGCUGGUGGCGGAGGUGGCCAAGCCACGGAAGGACAGCAUGGCGGAGGUGAUCAGGUCUGCGGACCUCAUUGACUACACCGCCGAGGAGGGUGUUCGCUACCUGGGCGAGGGGAAGCUCCUCACGUCGGACUCCUUUCCGGGCAACGAAAGGAACAAGCUGUGCCUGGAGUCCAGGGUUCCCCUGGGCGUCGUCCUGUGCAUCCCACCCUUCAACUACCCCGUCAACCUGGCGGUGUCCAAGAUCGCCCCCGCGCUCAUGGCCGGCAACGCCGUCGUCAUCAAGCCCCCCACGCAGGGCUCCGUGGCGGCCAUCCACAUGAUCCAGUGCUUCCACAGGGCGGGCCUGCCCCCGGGCGUCAUCAACCUGGCCACCGGCCGGGGCUCGGAGAUCGGCGACUAUCUCACCACCCACAGCUCCGCCGGCUGCAUCAGCUUCACAGGCGGCGACACGGGCAUCGCCAUCUGCAAGAAGGCCUCCAUGGUGCCCCUGCAGAUGGAGCUCGGCGGCAAGGAUGUCUGCAUCGUCUGUGCGGACGCCGACAUCGCCCUGGCGGCCAGAUCGAUCGUCAAGGGGGCGUUUUCCUACAGUGGGCAGCGCUGCACGGCUGUCAAGAUCGUGCUGGUGGAGAACGCCGUGGCGGAAGAAUUGGUGGAUCAGGUCCUGGAGGGGGUGAGGCAGCUCACGGUGGGGUCGCCGGAGGACGACGCCUCGAUCACGCCCGUUAUCAGCAAGUCGUCAGCGGACUUCAUCGAAUCGCUGGUCCACGACGCGCGGGCGAAGGGCGCCAGGUUGAGGAUGGAUUACAGGCGGGAGGGGAACCUGAUCUGGCCUCUGGUGGUGGACGAUGUCACGGAGGGGAUGCGGCUGGCCUGGGAGGAGCCCUUUGGGCCCGUGCUGCCUGUGAUGCGCGUGGAGGGCGUGGAGCAGGCGGUGGCGCACUGCAACGCCAGCGAGCUGGCCCUGCAGGGGUGCGUGUUCACGCGGGACGUGGAAAGGGCGGUGCGCAUCAGCGACGCCAUGGAGACGGGGAGCGUGCAGAUCAACGCGGCGCCGGCGCGCGGGCCUGACCACUUCCCGUUCCAGGGCUUCCGGGCGAGCGGCAUCGGCUCGCAGGGCAUCCGGAACAGCCUGCAGAUGAUGACCAAGGUGAAGUCGACAGUCAUCAACCUCGCCACGCCGAGCUACACCAUGGGCUGA